AUGUCCCAAAGAAGCUCGCAAGCCUCACAAAUAAUCGCAACAAAUACUCUAAUCAUUACUAAUGUUAAUCAGGCUACGUUUCUACCUGAAAAUCUUGAAAAAUUAAAAGGUCAAUUGGAACAGUAUGGUACUAUUUACAAAUUCGUUCCAACAAAGUCCUUUAAUCGUACUUUUGUUACUUUCUAUAAAACUACCGAUGCAAAAAAUGCCAAAGAUCAUUUUGAUAAGUCAAUGUUUUUAGAAAAAACCAUUCGUGUAUACUUUGGGCAGCAUAUCUCAAUAUAUGAAACGGACAACGCACGGCAUCUGAACGUUCCAGAACUCGAAAAAAAUUUACUCAUUUCGCCACCAGGAUCACCACCAGUUGGCUGGAUCCAAAGUCGAGAAGACCAUCCAAAUUCUAUUACCCUUUCUGAUGACCUUGUACAUGCAUUUGCGAAAUUUUAUCCAGAUCCUAAUAAUAAUAUAGAUGAUAUUGCCAGUGGAAAUGAUGAUUUUGAAGAAUUCACAUUAGAUGAUAAGAUCGAGCCAGAAGACGGAGACAUACAAACUCGUUCACCAAUAUUGACUGUUAUACCCAGUGAUGUCGAUGUAGAUUAUAAUACUAACCAUGAAAGUAAUCCUGAUGUUCCUCUUAUUCUUAUUCAAAACUGGGAUGAUUCUCCACCUCCUAGUACAAAAACAAAAAAACCUAAUCUUCAAGUUUAUAAUAAUGGUAAAGCCCAACUUCGUCCAAAUGUUUCCAUUCAUUCGCUCACACCGACUCCUAGACCUCCGCUUUUUUCGACGCAUAUUUAG